AUGCAUUCGAGCAACGGAAUUAUCAGACCAUUAAACUGGCUGAACAAAAGGCGCUACCUAUCGAAGCGAAUACCGUAUCCCUCGAGCACUGCUCGCCCAAUCAAGAUAUGCCUUUUCAUCGACGGACUCGACGAGUAUGUGGAGAAACUUUUCGAGAUAAUCCAGCUCAUCAAAAAGCCCACAACUUCUAAGCCUGUCAAGAUAUGUCUUUCAAGUGGGACAUGGAAUGUAUUCUAG